UUUCGAUCCAACUUUCUCUUCGGAUCCAGGCAGCUAUAUUAACUCGUGACUGCCAAAGGCUCCACUUGACCUAGCUUGAAAUUCACUGUCGGGUUGUAUUUCAUCUCUUGGAACUGCAAUGGCGAAAUCUGUUAAAUUAAACACCGGUGCAGAAAUGCCUAUUGUUGGUCUUGGGACUUGGAAGUCCCCGCCAGGUAAAGUGACGGAGGCAGUGAAGGCUGCCAUCUCUGCAGGGUACAGGCACAUCGACGGAGCCUUCGUCUACCAGAACGAGACAGAGGUGGGAGAAGGAAUAAACGCCAUGGUGAAAGACGGCGUGGUGAAGAGAGAGGACCUGUUUGUGGUCAGCAAGCUGUGGUGCACCUUCCAUGAGAAGUCUCUGGUUAAGGGAGCCUGUCAGAAAACUCUCACUGAUCUCAGCCUGGACUACCUAGAUCUUUACCUUGUCCACUGGCCAAUGGGCUUCCAGGCUGGCUCUGAGCUAUUCCCACUGGACAGUGAAGGGUUGACCGUUACUGAUGGAACCAAUUUCCUGGACACCUGGGGGGCCAUGGAGGAGCUGGUGGAUGCAGGUCUGGUCAAGGCCAUUGGCAUCUCAAACUUUAACAAGGAUCAGAUUGAAGCCCUCCUGAACAAGCCAGGCCUCAAGUACAAACCUGCCACCAACCAGAUUGAGUGCCACCCCUACCUGACCCAGGAGAAGCUGAUCAGCUACUGUCACUCUAAGGGCAUCUCUGUGACGGCCUACAGUCCUCUGGGCUCCCCAGACAGACCCUGGGCCAAACCAGAUGACCCCUCUCUCCUGGACGACCCCAACAUCAAGGCUAUCGCUGAGAAGUACAAGAAGACUUCCGCUCAGGUCCUGAUCAGGUUCCAAGUCCAGAGGAACGUCAUCGUCAUCCCCAAGUCCAUCACUCCUCAGCGCAUCCAGGAGAACUUCAAGGUGUUUGACUUUGAGCUGACUGAGGAAGAGAUGAAGAUCAUUCUGGGUUUCAACAGAAACUGGAGGGCCUGUCCCAUGCAUUGGGGCGUGAAGCAUAAAGACUAUCCAUUCAAUGCAGAGUUCUGAAGGAACAUACUUUACUGUUUACACCAGAGUUACUAUUUUAUGCUGGGGCUUGCUACUGUUGAUUAAGCUACAGUCUCUCUGAACCUGGUCACAACUCUGCAUUUAAAUGAAAUAAACACAGCUAGCUAAAGCUCUCUGGUGGUACGAGCUUUGUGGAACUGUGACUGCUCUGUCUUACACCACGCGACAAUGCUUUUUAUGUUGCCAAACAACAUAUCACACAAUCGAAUCUAGUCUUAAAAAGGAAUGGAAACAGUAUUUGAGGUUCAUGAGGAUUGAUGGUAGAUUGACGGUAGAUCUCCUUUCCUGCUGUUUUGGGAUAAAAAUACAAGCCUUGAAAGGGCCUAAAACAGCAGUGUUCAACAACUUAUUCCUGUGACCCUGUUAAUUGAAUAACUGACAACUGAUUGUGCUCCCAAUUAUUGCUGAUGCAUUUUAGGUUUGUGUGUGUCAUGUGACUGUCUAUAAAAGCUGAUGCACCUGCACAAAAUAAAUAGUGUUCUCAGAACUUGCA